UUUUCCUAUUCCUUGGCGCAUCGUACAGGCGACCCGGGCAGGCCUGGAACCAACAAGCCCUCUCCCGGCCCACAGGGUCCCAAAGGUGACAAAGGUGACGUAGGAAGGCCUGGAUUGGAUGGACCUCAAGGGCCUAAAGGCGAACAGGGAGAACAGGGAAACGGACGGUCCGGGGUCAAGUACGUACACUGGGGAAAACGAAGCUGUCCAAAUAACACUCAGACCGUUUAUGAAGGUAAUAACCAGAAUUCCAGGAGAAUCAAAGGGGAGCAAGCAUUUAGAAACGAAAAGCAAAAACGCCACCGGCUCAAAGCAGCUUUACAACUAUUUAAGAGUGAUGAAAGAAGUUGAAAGACAAUAUCAAAUCUCCUUCAGUUAAACAAUGUCAAUAGCUAAUUGGGUUAUUCGUCACGAAUGGGUGCGGCAUUUACGUCUUAGGGUGGAUUUCCACAGUCACAUAAUUUUUACGCGCGUUAACAAAAUAGAGGCGAUGUUUGAAAGGCCGCGCGUGAACGUAGACACUUUUUCGUUUACACGCGACCUUCAUUGACACAUUGCCUCUAUUCUACUAACACGCGUAAAAUGUACGUGCGCACACGCACGUAAAAAUGACGCCACAGUGGAAAUCCACCUUUACAGGAGGAACUUUUGAAAGGGUAGCCAAUACGAUAAACGAAAAAUAUUUACAGCACCCUAUUAAUAAAAGACUUUAUCACCAAAGGUAUAAUGUGUCCUAAAAGUACAGUUUUUCUUUAGCGUUGUUUAGUUCACCACGAGACAUACUAUUAUUUCAAAAAAGGCUUAGCAACAAAAGAGAAGCGUUCAGAAAAGAGUAAAUGAGUCGCAAAUUUUUUUCUGCAAACGAUCGAAUUUCCGUUGCUCCAGUCGGAACUGAUCCAAAGAAGAGAUAAAAGUCGCUCUGAGCACCCGUCCCCUUAACCUCACAACAAGUGCCUGUUCAACUGCCUAAAAGGUUAAAAUUUCUCAUAACUUGAAACUUUUUUCUGUCACUCAGGAUUUGUUGGAAGCGGCUACUUCAACCAUUACGGUGGUGGUGGUCAGUACCUUUGCCUGCCAAACAAACCAAAGUACGACAAGUACAAGGAAGGUUUUCAGUCCACCACCUUUAUGUAUGGUACUGAAUAUGAGGUUAGCUCUUUUAGUCCAUUCAAGGGCAGCCUCCACAAUCACGACGUGCCAUGCGCAGUGUGUUACAUCAAGACACGUGCCUCUCAGAUCAUGAUACCCGCAAGGAAUGACUGUCCUUCUGAUUGGACCGAGCAGUAUCAUGGGUAUUUGAUGUCAUGGCACUACAACCACAAGAAAUCUGGUGAUUUCGUGUGCAUUGAUGCAGACGCGGAGUUCGUUCACGGAAGCCACGCGGGAAAAGAUGGCGCCCUGUUGUACCUUGUGGAAGGGUCAUGCGGUUCGUUGCCAUGUCUGCCGUAUGUUUCCGGCCGAGAGCUGACAUGCGCUGUGUGCACCAAGUGA